UAGAUGUUUUCAGACAUGUUAAUGGUUUAUGGUAAUUUUAUUGUUAUUAAAAAAUAAAUAUCACAGAACCGGUGUGUGUUAUCGUUAUACGAAAAUCAUGACAUCAAUAAUAAAAAUUUAUUGAUGUAGUGAAUUGUAAUUUGUAGUGUGUACAGUGUACCGUGUACUAGUGCUAGCUGCUGGGAACUCUGUGCUUCGAGUUGAGAUGAGAUACCUAUUCAGGCAAAUUUAUAUUUUUAACAGUUCAUUUUAUUAUUAUUAAAAUACUAUAAUAACUUUGUGUUUAUUUUAUAUCUAAUAGUGUGAUAAAAUUAAUUAAACAAUAAUUGUUGAAGAUUGUAUACAUUAUUAUAGUAUACAAAAUAUGUGUUAUGUAAUCACUCUUAAAUUAAAAUUAAAAUUAAACAAUAUUUUAUUGUGUGCUUACACUAUAUUAUUAUAAAACAAUAAUUUUUGGGAAUAUUAAACCAUGGCAGAUCCGUCUAUUCAAACAUUUUGUUGUCAACGAGCUCUAGAUUAUCAUCCAGCUUACAAACUGAUGAGUGAAUUUAAUACAGACCGCUUUAAUACGGUGUGCUUAAUAUCUUCACUGAUUGGGGUGUUUGGUGCAACUUAUCAGAUUUUACCAAGAAUGGAAUCAUCUGUCCCAAAUCGUUUUUAUUCUAAUAUAAUGCAUAGGGGAAGAUAUAUUGUCAUGUGGUUAGCUAUAGCAGAUUGCAGUGCCUCUCUAGGUAUUCUUUUAAGAUCGUGUCUCAAAUUAAUGCAUCGUUACCGCUGGUAUGACGAUCAACCUUACACGUUGGUUUGCAUAUUUUUAGCAGUUUGGAUUCAGUAUUUUUACAUGGUAACUUGGCUUUGGACAUUGUUAUAUGCUGUAGACAUGUGGAGAGCAUACCAAGACAAAUACCCUCUAAGAAAAUUGUACCACAUAGCAGCAUGGAUGUUUCCAGCUGUAUUCACAUUUUUUGGCUUAUCGUUUUUAUACACGCCUAAUGCUAAUUGUUACAAUUUGAGCCCGAACGAGAAUGCAGUAAUAAAAUUUCUUCCAAAUUACUUUUUAACAUUUGUUCCUAUCAUUACCGUCAUGAUAGCCAAUCCUAUUUUGUAUGGAAUUUCUACCAAGUACAUUUAUCAUAUUAUAACUUCAUACAUGGCACAAUAUUCGACAAAAGAACGAAAAAUGCUUGAUUUAUUCAAACUCAGGUUUGCGUUAAUCAACCUUGGAUUUUACUUGUGUUGGAGCCCCAAUCUAAUAAAUGCUCUAAUCGUUUGGACUUCAUGGGACAAUUUACCUUCUGGAAUAAUGCUUACACUGUGGUAUUUAAUGGCCAUAUUAAAUCCAAUGCAAGCAUUUUUUAAUACGUUUCUCUAUAAUAUGUUAGAACACACAGAGCAAAUUUUUUGUGUAUGUUUUGCCAAAAGUAAUCGUGUUCAGGAAAUGAUGGAGCGUAAACCUUUACUUUUAGCUAAUGUAAAAGGUUCGUCGAAUUCUCACGGAUAUGAAAUGAUUGAAUAGUUAUUGCAGAUAUAUGUUUGACAAGUAUAGUGUGAUUCAUUAAUUUCCCUAUUUUUGUUAUUUUUGUAUUUAGAUUUAUUAUUCUACUAUGAUGAGGUAGGUAUAUUUUUUACACUAUAAAUUUUUUGUUGAUCAAAAAACCAAACCUAUUGCAUUUUGUUAUAAGUCAAAUUUUGUAGUAGGUAACGCAUUUGUUUAAAUUUAUUAGUGUAUUUCAAUGGAUAAUGUUUAAGACUGACAAAAAUGAAUUUGUACCUCUUAUGUUUUUUUAUUUCCUAUGUCUAUAUAUUGUUACUUAAUAUAAAUUUGAGUUGUUUCACAUUUAGAAGACAACAAAUGAA